AUAUCUGUGUUACUGGAAGAAGGUGGUGGCCAUAAAACCCAGAGGAGAGACUGAUGAACUUUGAAUCCCAGACUGCUGCUGCUGCUGGAGGAGGAGUGUGUUGAAGGCAGAUGUGCAUCGGGUUCAGGAGCUAUCCAUGCAGACUUCAGCCGGUGAUCUGACGAGUCACAUAUAAGAGUAACCGGAGCCUCUCCUCUUCCCUCUCCCCAUCCCUUCCCUCACUCCUCCCUCCCCCUUUCCCCGUUUCCUCGUCACUCUUCUUCCUGAUUCCCCUCUUACCCCCAUCUGCUCCAAGAUUCACCAUGCUCAUUAAGGAGUAUCGCAUCCCCAUGCCCCUGAGUGUGGAGGAGUACCGCAUUGCCCAGCUCUACAUGAUCCAGAAAAAGAGCAGAGAAGAGAGCUGUGGUGAAGGAAGUGGGGUGGAGAUCCUUGAGAAUAAGCCCUACACAGAUGGACCAGGUGGGGUGGGUCAGUACACCCAUAAGGUCUACCACAUAGGCAUGCACAUUCCUGGCUGGUUCCGCUCCAUCCUGCCCAAAGCUGCUCUGAGGGUUGAAGAGGAGUCCUGGAAUGCCUACCCUUACACCCGAACAAGAUACACCUGUCCGUUUGUUGAGAAGUUCUCCAUCGACAUUGAGACUUACUAUAAGCCUGACACAGGCAACCAAGCUGAUGUCUUUAACUUAUCGGCAGCAGACAAGAGGCAAACAACUAUUGACGUAAUCGACAUAGUGACAGAUCCCAUCCCUCCACAUGAGUACAUUUCAGAGGAGGACCCGAAGCUUUACAAGUCAGCCAAGACCCAGAGGGGGCCCCUGCAGGAUGACUGGAUAGAGGAGUACAACAACAACCCAGGGAAGACUCCCAUCAUGUGUGCCUAUAAACUUUGCAAAGUGGAGUUUCGCUACUGGGGCAUGCAGUCCAAGAUUGAACGCUUCAUUCAUGAUGUUGGGCUCAGAAAGGUUAUGGUGCAUGCCCACCGGCAGGCCUGGUGCUGGCAGGAUGAGUGGUAUGGCCUAACCAUGGACGACAUCAGGCAGUUGGAGCUGGAAACCCAAUUGGCCCUGGCCAGGAAGAUGGCCAAGUUCCUCCAUGGCGAGGAGCUCACCGAAUCCUACGGAACCACAGUGUCUCCAGACAAAGAGCAGGAGGCCAAAGAGGCAAUCAGCUCUAUCGAGGCAGAGGAAACGGCCACCAGAUCAGUAGAGACUCUGCAGCCACGAGGCGUCCUCACCAAGCAGUGGUCCACCUCAUCCAGAUCCUCCCGCUCAUCUAAGAGAGGAGUGAGUCCGUCACGUCACAGCAUCUCAGAGUGGAGGAUGCAGAGCAUAGCGCGCGAUUCAGACGACAGCUCGGACGAGGAAUUCUUUGAUGCCCAUGAGGAUCUCUCGGAUGGUGAGGAGGUUUUCCCAAAAGAAAUUGCCAAGUGGAACUCCAACGACUUCAUGGACAAGAUUGAAACUGUGGACACGGAGGAAAGUCCUGAGAACUUUAAGGAAAUGAGCGUCGAUUAUGACAGAGCUUCGAGUGAGGACAGACUGGAUGAGGAGAGUUCGCCUCAGCAGAGUUCGCCUCAGCAGAGUCUGCAGGCUUCCAAGAUCCAUGUCUUGAUACUGGUUCUGCACGGAGGGAACAUCCUGGACACGGGCGGAGGGGACCAGAACAGCAAGCAGGCCGACGUCAACACCAUCAGCACAGCGUUUGACACAGUCAUGCGUGUUCACUACCCCGCUGCGCUCGGCCGCAUCGCCAUCCGCUUGGUGCCCUGCCCCGCCAUCUGUGCCGAGGCCUUCUCUCUGGUCUCUAACCUGAGCCCUUACAGCUAUGAUGAGGGAUAUCUGUCCAGCAGCCAGGACCACAUCCCGCUCGCAGCUCUGCCUCUGCUGGCCACCUCGUCUCCACAGUACCAGGACGCCUUGGCCACUGUCAUUGUUCGCGCCAACCAGGUGUAUUCUGAGUUUAUUAAGUCUCAGGAUGGAGCGACCUUCUCUGGCCAGGUUUGCCUCAUUGGGGACUGUGUGGGAGGAAUCCUGGGGUUUGAUGCUCUCUGUAACAGCACCCCCACGGUAAAUGAAAGCCAGAACAGCAGCCGCAGAGGCAGCGUCAUCAGCGUGCAGGACCAGGACCUUCUCUCUCCCGGCAUCAUCAUCAACAGCGGACAUGGGUCAUCAUCCCCAACACUGGAGAGCAGCCGCCACCUGAGUCGCAGUAACAUUGAUAUUCCUCGUGUCACUUCAAGCGAUGACACCAAGAGGCAGCUGCCCCGUAAGAGAAGCGACUCGUCCACCUACGAACUGGACACAAUUAAACAACACCAAGCUUUUCUGUCCAGCUUACACUCUAGCGUCCUUAAGAGCGACGCAGCGUCCCGCAGGUCAAGCAGCAGCACCAUGCUGGACGGAAGCUCCCUGGGGAAGUUUGACUUUGAAGUGUCAGACUUUUUCCUGUUUGGUUCUCCGCUGGGCUUGGUGCUGGCCCUGAGGAAGACUGUGAUCCCUAUGCUGGAUGUGGCCCAGCUGAGGCCGGCCUGUCAGCAGGUCUAUAACUUGUUCCACCCGGCUGAUCCCUCUGCCUCCCGCCUGGAGCCUCUGCUGGAACGGAAAUUUCACCUCCUCCCUCCUUUUAGCGUUCCCCGUUACCAAUGCUUCCCCCUUGGAGACGGAAACUCGGCCUUGCUGGUGGAGACAGUCCAGAGCAACGCUCAGCUGCUACUCGAUAGCGGGCCCCCCCUGUCCUUUCGCUGUCAGGAGACCAUCAGUGAGACCUGCAUUCCUGUUCCUGUGCUAAACUGGCAGGAGAACUCCCUGAAAGCCACACCCGCCACCCUGGAGUCGGAUGUUGUUCAGUCUCAUGGUGGUGUCUUCAUGGACAGUUCGUACCCCUCAUCUCCCAUAAUGGGCCCCUUCUCCAGGGGCCAACGGAGGGCCAGUGAGAUCAGCAUUGCCAGCCAGGUCUCAGGAAUGGCAGACAGUUUCACUGCCACCAACAUAGCCAACACCAAAUCAGAGCAGAUUAGCCAAUCCAAUAAGAUCAGUCUGUUCUCCCAACUUGCCCUAACAUCCCAAAACUUGUUCUCCAUAAAAAAUCCUCUGAAGUCCUAUAAAAAAGCCGAGGGUGACCUGACUGACGAAGAUCUGAGUUUUCACACAGAGACAGAUUCAGGCGAAAGUUCCAUCUACCAGUACGACAGCAUUGAAUCAUGCAGGCUGGACUGUGCUAUAAGUGACCUGGUGUCGCUGGACUCCCAAGCUGAAGCUGAUGAAGUUGCAGCACGCUGGUGGGGCACAAAGCGCCUGGACUUUGCUCUGUACUGCCCCGAUGCUCUGACUGCCUUUCCCACAGUGGCUUUGCCGCACCUCUUCCACGCUUCCUACUGGGAAUCCACAGAUGUUGUAUCUUUCCUCCUGAGGCAGGUCAUGAGGCAUGAAAACUCCAGCAUUCUGGAGCUGGAUGGGAAGGAAGUGUCGGAGUUUACCCCCGCUAAGCCUCGGGAGAAGUGGCUCCGGAAGAGGACUCACGUCAAGAUCCGGAACGUGACUGCCAACCAUCGAGUGAAUGACGCCGUGUUCCCUGAAGACAGCCAGCAGGUCAUCACAGGUCGCUUCAUGUACGGCCCUCUGGACAUGGUGACUCUAGCUGGGGAGAAGGUCGACCUUCACAUCAUGACCCAGCCUCCGUCAGGAGAGUGGGUGUUCUUCAGCACACAAGUGACCCAAAGCAGCGGCCGCGUGUCGUUUAACAUCCCAGAGGAGAAGCGUCUGGGCAUCGGAGUCUACCCUGUAAAAAUGGUUGUCAGAGGCGACCACACGUUUGCAGACAGCUACCUGACUGUUGUUCCACGUGGCACAGAGUUUGUGGUGUUCAGCAUCGACGGGUCGUUCGCCGCCAGCGUCUCAAUCAUGGGUAGCGAUCCGAAGGUCAGGGCAGGAGCUGUGGACGUCGUCAGACACUGGCAGGAUUUAGGUUAUUUGAUCAUCUACGUGACGGGGCGUCCAGACAUGCAGAAGCAGCGGGUGGUGGCCUGGCUGUCUCAGCACAACUUCCCACACGGCAUCGUCUCCUUCUGCGACGGAUUAGUCCACGACCCGCUCAGGCACAAGGCCAACUUCCUCAAAACACUGACAGAGUCUAAUAUGAAGAUCUUUGCUGGAUAUGGAUCAACCAAAGACAUCUCUGUCUACACCUCCAUCGGCAUUCCUCCUUCUCAGAUCUACAUCGUCGGCAGACCCUCGAAGAAGAUGCAGAACCAGUGCCAGUUCAUCACGGAGGGGUACGCGGCCCAUUUGUCCCAGCUGGAGUACAACCACCGCUCUCGGCCCGCCAAGUCCAGCAGCGCGCGGAUGGUCCUGCGUAAGGGAAGCUUCGGCCUGGGCGCCAACAGCGACUUCCUGAGGAAAAGGAACCACCUGCUGCGCACCAUCUCCUCCCAGCCGGCCCCCAGCUCCCCGACGGGCAACUUCCACAACAGGCCCGAGCGCACGCAGAGCCAGUCGGACAGCGAACGGCUGGAGCGGGAGCGGCUGGAGCGGACCCACAGCCACGGCCCGGGGGCGUCGCAGCGCAGCAUGAGCAUCACGGCGAGCUGCUGGGGCCGCAGCGGCAGCACCAAGCUGGAGCCGUUCCCGUUCAACCCCAAAUGAGAGUACAGGCUCUGGGAGAACGAGCGCGGAGACAGAAACGCUGUGGGUUUGAACCAAGUGGGUGAAACACCACCGAGAGGGGGAUCUGGUGUUACAGACCACUUAUCAGAAAUUAAAUGAUUUUAGUGGAGACUGUGGCAGUUUUGUUGUUGUUGUUUUAAACCAGGCAAAUCCUCCUGAAGCGACAUGUUACACAAACAUAAAUGAAUUUAAAUGGUUUCUUCUGUUCAGUGAAUAUUUUUCGGUCAUGAAUAUAAGGUCAGAACUCCUCCGGUAGGCUGUUAUACUUGACUACACACAAUGAAGCACCUCCACGACAUAAGGGAAUUACUCUGAUUCUGCUCUGCAGCUGACAGAUUUGGCCAAAGCAAGCACAGAAACGGCAACAGAGACUCACUUUCUGUGCUGCAGAUUUUAAGCAUCAGCCCUUUUAUUCUGUAAAUCUGUGAAAGCAGAGCUGAGACUUGAUUAACACUGGACUGGGCGUUUUUAUAAAUAAGUGUUACUUAUUUUACCAAGAAUUAAUGAAAAUGAAUCUAAGCCAAACAGAAAUUAUUUAAGCAGACACCUGAAACGGCCAAGACUAAAAGUUUUACACUCCAGUUUUCCUCACACCACAACUCAAAGAAUCCCGCAGAGCAAACUCCGAACUGACCCUUUAAAUAUGAUUAAAGCCGGAUCUCCACUGCACCUGAUGUUUGACUCAACUUUAGGAAAAACCUCUACUGUACAGCAAAGGUGCCAAAAUAAGCAGUGUAGAACAAUAUGCUUUAUCUGAGCAGAGAGGAUCACAUAAAGGUCUUCUGUGUAUAAAAACAUGAAAUAAAUUGUGUAAGUAUAUUGCUAAGCGCCUGAAUGAGGCCUGCACAUAGUUGUUACAUCACAGUGCAGAUCUGGCAUCUGGUCCACUGAAGACCAGUUUAAAGUGUCUUCUUUACUAUGAGGGUGACAUGAUUGAUAAUCAAUGCUAUUUAAUAAUAUAGCCAUGUUAAAAUUAAUUGAUUUUUGUGAACAAAAAGGUGUUUUGAGGUUAAGUUUUUGCUAUGUUAUGUAUUUUAUUUCUUCAGAAUUGAGUUUCAGCUGCCAAAAACGCAGAAAUCCUUUCCUGGCACAGUAUUGUAUUUUUAUCAUUUCACCUUGCAGAUCACCAAGGUUGCAUCAGAACUGAUAUCUUGUGUCAUAUAUGGGAUGUUUGGUAUUAGCCAUGGUUGGCCAUUUUGGAAUUUCUGCUGUAUUUCUCCCUCCCUGGUUUUUACUGAGCUGUAAAUGAAGCAUUGAAUGUGCUCUUAAAUAUCCCUCCCUGCGUUGCCUUCUCUCCCUCUCUGUUCUCUACUGCAUCUGUAGAGGAAGACAGAGCUCCAGAUGUAAAUUCUGUACGAUACGUUGUGGAAACUAGAAAUGCAGAGCCGAGACCUGCUGUAUGAUGUUUAAUAUUUAUUUCUAAAGUUUAGUACAUUUUCAUGCCCUUUUUUUAUUUGAAAUAUAAUUUCUUGUCCUUGAGUUAUCUACACACUUAUUGUCACCUUUGGAAAAGACGUGUAAGGAGGAAACAAAACUUAAAACACACUUGUUUCUUGCAGAAGUAUAAUUUGACACUGGAAAAAUGAGAAAACUCCAACUUGUAUUUUCAGUGCAUUUAUUCAGUGUUUAGGGAGGGCUGGGGAAGAUCUGAUGUUAAGAAAUGUUUAUUUAAAAAUAAAAUGUCAAAUGUUUU